AUGAAGUGUACUUCGGCUAUCGUGUUUUUGCUAAACUUCUUUUUUGCGCAGUCCGAACUGCUGUGGAAUUUCUCACCAAGUUCCAAAGAAGUUUUCCAUGCUUACGUAAAUGAAAAAACUCAUAGUAUUCAAGUAUUUCCGUCUAUUCAAGUGAAUCCUAUUGCCGGUGAGUUUCUAAAUAUAUGGUCUAACAUGUGGUUUUGGAAUAAAUGCCAGGGUAUCUCUAAGGCAUAUGAAAUAUCGGUAGAGUUGAAUAUUAAUAUUCAACUCUGUUUGUGAAUUUACAAAUAUUUAUGAAUAUUUACAUGAAUAUGAUUUAUGUAUAUAUGUAAUGCAUAUAUCUGGAAACUUUUCAGUUAAUUUCACGGAGCAACGGAGGAAGUUUCUGUAUUAUUUAGAUUAUUCAGAUCUAUCUGCUUUUGUUUUGUGACAUAUAUAUAUAAUUGAUGAUAAAAAAAUUGUUUCGAAGCAUUUUGCUAUUUUUUUUGAAGUGAGGUUAGGGAGUUAUUCACCUGUUUACAUAUACAUCCCUGGAUUUCUUAUGUUUUUUUAACUCUAAUUCAUUGCGUCUGACGUUUGAGAAAGUUACAGUCCAUCCUUGAUUGUUGAUCUUUGCAACAGUGUUUAUAAAAUCAGCUUGUCUUUUUUCAGUUGAACUUUGAUCUCAUAACAUUUCAGGGGAUUUGCACUAAUUUUUCCGAAGUAUUUGUAGUAUAAAUAAAUGGAAAUAGUUUAAGAUAGUGUCAAGGAUAAAAAAACAUAAGCCGCUUUGUGGAAAUAUUCGUUCACGGGCAACAGGUAACGCCUUGAAUGUCACAAUAAAACUGUGGUAUCUCUCACUUAUCCUAGUCACCAUCUCCUCUUUCAUUGAACUUUCAAAAAAGACCAUAUAUUUUGAGAUAUUUGGCGUUCAAAUGUAAAUCUUAACAAUACUUCGAGGACAUUUUUUAUGUAGAAUUCAUUAUUAAAGUGCCCGAGACUCUUUGGAGGCAACAUACUCAAGAUAUCUGCAGAUUUUGACCUAAACAUUAAUUGGUUAACAUGGUAACAUGUCUUUUUAAAGUCAGGAAUCGUGAGUGCUAUCCACUUGGACAAAAUACAUUAGUUACUAAGUAAGAAAACUACCAGUUGGUCUGUGUAAGCGAAUCGAUGGUUUUUAUUCUUUUGUUCGAAUAUCUCUUGGCAUGAUAUCGGAGUUCACAUUUUUCUAAAAAGCAUUUGUGGUGGCUGUUUAUAUAUACAGUACAAUAUCAGCCAUAUAACAAUCAAAACUGACUAAGUAAUUACCUUUAUAAACUUUCAAUAUGGAUUUGAUAGGCACCUAUCUAUUUGCGAAUAUCAAGGUGUCAUGAUGUUAUAAAGGUCUUGAUUUCGUAAUCCAAAUAAUGACAGUAAUUGAAAUUAACAGUUCAUUGUGUUUUGUACACAUUCAGAAGUGUGGAGGAUGUCUUAACUCAUUUAAACCUGAUAGUAAACCUCUAUUAUUUUGGGCAUUAAUUCCAAAGUCGAAAUAACACGAGUUGUAUGAGAGGAUGUCUUAUUCUUAAUUUUAUCUUGAAAUAGACGUGCAGUAUAUGUUUCGAAGACUUGUCAUUCAUACAGAUUUGUCUAUUGUUACAAAACAAUUUUCUAGUUAUUAUGACAUCAAGUAUCAACGGAGUUCUUGGACUGAAAAUAAGAUAUACUUUUGAAAAUAGCACUAAACUUAAUCUGCCGUUUUAUUGUAAAUAUCUUGCAUAGGUUUGUGUUAAUGCAACAGAUCUUGUUAAAAGAGCUGAAGACCACAGU